CAUAGCCGUCUACACCGAAGUGUCCUCCCCCGAUACCUCGCUUGAUCAUCACCAUUCCCUCUCUUUUGCUUUAGUCUCUAUCACGCAACCUCAUCAUGUCACAGGCCGAGAUUAUCAAGGCCUACCGGGCAAUGUAUCGGGCGGGCCUCCAGGCCGUCAUGUACUCGAAGCCGGCGCGCUUCGUGGUCCGCGACCAACUACGCGAGGCAUUCCGAGACCGUUCCGGCCAAUUUGACAUGGAGACUAUACAGCGGACCGUGCUGUUCCUGCGUUCGGCGUCCAGAGAGCGUGGGCUGGCGCACAGGAUUGUCAAGAACCUAUUGUACGUGGCAUGGGGUCAAACGGACCAACUGGCCAUUCCGUAUCACGUUAGGUUGCGCCGGGCCGAGCAGUACCAGGGUGCUGCUGCUAUCUUUAAACAGACGGCUCUUGUUCACUACAAGAAAACCAUUGACAUGCUCAACCAAACCAUGAAGCUAUGCUUAAGGUGAUGACGAUUGCCUCAUGGCUGGUUCUGUUCAAAUGUAACCGUUCAAGGUUAAUUGGGCUUCCCCUACCUACAUGGAUUGUCUAGCAUGUGACACGGAGCCUCCCACGUCGGACCUGGAUGCAGUCAUCGCCUCGCAUGUUGGCCUGAUAGAUGAGCAGCCAGAUUGCAAGAUAAGUGAGGCAAGCCACACAUAGACCAUUGUGUGGCAGCGCAGGAGAUGUUUACGACUAUACGGGCGAAUACCUUAGGAAAUCACGAGGGGCCAUUUGCUGUGAGUGGCAGGGCGGAUGGUAGAUGGCCUGUGAAAGUCUACUCGAUCUGCAAAGGACGGAUGUAUGGAUGGGUGAGGUGAGGAGUGCAGAGAUGGAGGAGCUGGCUAGCCAGGCAAAGCUUCCCAUUGGCCGUUGGAAUAGCGUGGGUCUAGAUGCUUGCAGUGGGCGACAGCAACCAACAAGACGAUAACAACCCCAAUAUAGUCGUGUUUUUGACCAAUAUUCAGCAGUGGACACCUGGGGCGCAGGCAAACGGGAUGGGAUAGGGUAGGAAAUUGCCCGUCUUCUCCCCUUACCACUGUUUACUGGAGUAUCCAGUAUCAAUCUAUCUGUAAAACCGACUGAAACCAAAGCUUGGGAUCGUACCAGUUCUGGUGUGGUGCCACCUUGAAACAAAAGUGGCUGCACCAAAGCCUUGCGGUGGCCUUAUUUGAGUUGUCAAAUAGGGCAUAUAAACCGUUUUAUGAUGUUCGCAUUUUCUUAUGUUUCUUCUACCGGUAGUCUAGAAUUAGG